AUGCAGACUCGAAUUCAAUAGCUAUCUUAACUUCAACCAGAUAAAAGAAUUCUCAAUUAUACUUUCAGUUAAUAAGCUGUAAUCGGACGAGGGUCAUAUGGGAUUGUAUAUGUUGGAAUGAAAAUCGAUACAAAGUAUGUAGAAAUUUAAAUUGAAGUUAAGUUGUUGCUAUUAAAGUUGUACCUUUGUAAUAUGAUCAGCAAUCUCUGAGGAAAGAAAUUGAAAUAAUGAAAGAUUUGGAUUGCCCAAAUAUUGUUAAAUUAUUAGAUGUUGUCUAAACACCAAAUAAUUGUUACAUUGUUAGUGAAUUGUGCACAGGAGGUGAUUUGAGAGAAUACAUGAAAAGAUAUGGUUGUCUAACAGAAUAAUAAGCUUUACCAAUUUUGACUCAGAUUUUAAAAGGGAUUUUAUAAUCAUUUAAGAGAGGAAUCAUUCAUCGAGAUUUAAAACCUGCCAAUAUUUUGAUUACUUCUGAAAAUAUAUUUAAGAUAGCUGAUUUUGGAUUUGCGAAACGAUUCUAACACUUAGAAGGAGAUCUAAUGAAUUCAUUGGCAGGAACUCCUUUAUAUAUGUCACCUUAAGUGCUGUUAAGAAAAUAAUACACUUCCAAAUGUGAUGUAUGGAGUAUAGGCCUUAUUUAUUAUGAAUUAAUAGAAGGCAGAACUCCAUGGAAUGUUAUGGAUAUUCUUGAUUUAAUUAAUAAAUAGAGAAACACCAAUAUCAAAUUUAGUAAAUUAAAAAUGUUUAUCAAUUCUAGGCAAAAAGAUAUCACCGAUGUCAUAAUAAUUCAUAUUGGGAUGUUUGUAAUAUGAAGAAUAAAAGCGUUUAGGAUGGGAAUAAGUGUUUACACACCCUUUGUUUGACAAUAAAUUCUUAAUGAAAGAGUAAGAUUAAAAAUCUCAGCAUUCGAUCUCGUAAAUUACAAAUGAAUCUGAUUCUUCAAUGAUGAAUGCAAAAUUAGUUGCAGUCAAUUCUCCUCCAUAAAUUAAACAUCCUCUUUAAAUCUACAAUAAGUAGAAACCCAGUUAAAAGGAAUUAUUAUNCUUAUUUUACUAUAAGAAUCACUUAUUGCAUCUAAUUAGUAAGAUAUUUUGA